AUGUCUAUAUUUUUGACUAAAUUACCAUUUUAUUCAAAAUUACCAAAUUUAACUAAUAAAAGUCAUAUAACAUCAGUUACAUCUAACUAUUUAUCUCGAUUAUUAUUAACUAUUUCUACACAAUCAAAUAUAAAUCAUCAUCAAUAUAAGACAUUUUCAACAAUUAAUUAUGAAGUCAAUAAUCGAUUAGCUUAUAUUACUUUAAAUCGACCAGAAGUUUUAAAUUCUAUUAAUGAUAUAAUGCCUAAAGAACUAUCUGAAUGUGUAGAAAAAGCAAAUGAUGAUCCAUCUGUACAUGUCAUUCUAUUAACUGGUGCUGGUAAAGCAUUUUGUUCAGGAUAUGAUUUAACUCAUUAUGCACAAAAUAAAAAUAAAAAUAAUAAGGCUAUACAAGACAUGCCAUGGGAUCCUAUAAAAGAUUAUCAAUUUAUGAAAAAAAAUACGGAAUAUUUUAUGUCUCUAUUUUAUUCACUUAAACCAACAAUUUGCAAAAUACAUGGUGAUGCUUUAGCUGGUGGUAGUGACAUUGCUUUAUGUUGUGAUAUUAUAUUAAUGGCUAAUGAAGCACGUAUUGGUUACAUGCCAGCUAGAGUUUGGGGUUGUCCAACAACAGCUAUGUGGGUUUAUAAACUUGGUAUUGAAAAAGCUAAAAGAAUGUUAUUAACUGGUGAUAAAAUUACUGGAAUUGAAGCUGAAAAACUUGGACUUGUAUUAAAAUCUGUUCCACAAGAACAAUUAAAUACUGAAGUUGAAAAAUUAGCUCAACGAAUGGCUACCGUACCAAUAAAUCAACUUGCUAUGCAAAAAUUAAUGAUUAAUCAAGCAUUCGAAAAUAUGGGUUUAAAAACAACGCAAAUGUUUGCUACAAUAUUCGAUGGUAUUUCACGUCAUUCUCCAGAAGGUGUUGCAUUUAAGCGUCGAUCAGAGAAUAUAGGAUGGAAAACAGCUGUAAAAGAACGAGAUCUUGGUACAUAUGAUUGGACAGCUGAUGCAUCAAUUGAAAUAAAAAAUGAUUAUAAUAAUGAUAAAUCGUAA